AACCAACAUGAAGAAACACAAGAACAUGAAUAUUCCGCUGAAGGGUUUCAGUCUUUCGCCCAAGAUACGACUUUACACGGUGCAAGAUUUUUGUUCGUCAGCAACGUUUCCAGACGUGUAGUUUGGAAUAUAGCUAUGGUCUCGUGUUUUUCCUUCUGUGCUUAUCAAGUGUUUCUAUCUGUCAGAGCUUUUGAUAGCUACCCGUUCCACACGACGGUAAAAAGAGAGACAGCCCCUAAGGAUGGCCUAGAGCCUCCCUUUCCUGCCGUGACGCUGUGUAACCUCAACCCUGCAAACACACGAAGAAUUCGACAGCUGUACAGCCCUCUCUUCCAUGUAAACUCUACCGAAGAGCAGCUCAAACAGAGGAUUGAGGAUUUGUCCCAUUUGUUGGCAAGGUCGCCAAAAGUGUUAACGAAAGAAUUGAAAGAAAGGAAUCCCGAAUUUUUUCACCGACCCAAUUCCCCCGAAGCAGUCAAAGAGGAGAUGAAACUGUACGCGCUCUUCAGUCAUCAGAUUGAAGAGAUGCUGCUACCACGAGGCUCGACCUUUGAAUCGUGCUCUUUAAAUGGAGAGGCUUGUGGCCCGAAGAAUUUUAGCAAGAAAGCGAGCAUUUCUUAUGACCAGUGCUACACGUUUAAUUCGGGAAAAAACGAUCAUCCACUUCUAAAUGUUACACUAGCAGGCAAGGACAGUGGCCUAAAGCUUCGACUAAAUAUAGAAAGAGAAAGUUACGUCAAAAAUCCUGUAGCGUCAGUGGGGCUCACACUACUGAUACACGAUCAAAAAGCUUUUCCCUUUAUGGAAGGGUAUGGAGUUAUUAUUCAACCAGGAAUGUCAACCGUCUGCGGCAUUAAGAGGAGAAAGGUUAGCUUUAUACUUGGAAUUAUUCGUUGAUAUUCGACCAAGUCUCAUUUGGUUACAUGUUUGUUAUUCCUUCUAUUUCAUCUCUGGGCUCGUUUCCCUCUGUUUCCUUUUAUUUCUAAUACUCGCCCUUUUCGGGAGCUCUGCGAGGUUCUGCGAGAGACACGUAUUUUUAGUAUUACCUUUAUGUUUUCACGAUUUUUAGUUCAAAGUAAGUGUUCUUAACAAAUACGAGACAACAGCAGCUGUAUGUCAAACAAACUCCUUCUCCCCAGGGUUUCGUCUUUGCCAUAAAUGUCUCAAGAACAAGGCUUUCUUAAAAAUUGUGAAAUUUGCGAUUAAUAUUCGCGCGCCGUGGAAAAUUACAGAUUAAAUGGUUUGUGUCCAUGCUGUAGCAUAACACCAAUUUUCAUACUUUUAUGGCUUUUUUCUCCCUCAGUGAAUCUUUUUCAGUUUUCCAGAUUUAACUGUAUAUAAUUGUUAACUUACGUUCGUGUUAUCCUUCCGUACAAAGCUUUGAAAUUUCGAUUUUUUCACGGCGCUGUUUGAAUAUUAAAUAAUUUUAAAACUUUUAUUAUUGCUUCUGUUGUUCUUAGUAUUAAUAACAAAAACUUCAGUUGCUUUUUGAAAUCAUAGCAACCGGUUUGAUUAAUUUUUAAGAAUUAGAGACCUUCGUCAAAUAGUGGUACUUGAUUGGUCUUCAAAUCAAUCAAUCAAACAUUUAAUUUGUGUCAUAGAGUAGGCUAGGGUUCCCCCGGAGCUUCACCUAUAAAAGGCCUAACAAGUUAAUACUAAUAAUCUAAAAAUUUAAAAAAGAAAUGUAAGAAGUACUCAGGUAACACCCUCCCGCAACCCACAUAUUUAAACUGUAGCUCUGCCUUUUGAAGUAUUUGAGCGGUAUUUGUUUAUUUUGUACAGCCAGCAAGACCGCGUUAAUUGCUUGCUGGCAUUAAUCCCUCGCAUUUCAAUAGUCUGUACGUAAACCCCGAGAAGCACAGAAAAACAAUCUAGAGCUCUUUUAGUACCAUGGUUUUUAUGGUGAAACUAAGGGCUUUUCUAUUUUUGUAGAUAAGUAACUUAAAGUGGCCAUAUGCAACAAACUGCACAGAUCAAACCAAUGGCGAUACCGACCCCUUUUAUAGCUAUACUAAAGAAGCUUGUCUGAGAAAAUGUCGCGACGAUUACACUACCAAGAAAUGUGGCUGCACGCUCCCUGAAGUUAACGGUAAUUUAUUUAAGUAUACUAUGGUUCUUUAUACCUUGAUUUUGUUUUUUGACUUCCCAUUUCGGACCAUGUGACGUUACCCCAAAGAACUGUCUGUUUCGCACGUCAUCCUGUCCACAUAAGGUAAAUUCCCUUGAAAAAACUUGAUUCGUACACAAACCGAAAAGGUCUAUUGAUUCCUGAAAACAAACAUAUCGUAAGUUAGCUUUUGCAAAUAGACGAUUUUCGCUUGCAGGAAUAUACGUUGAUCUUUGUUUGAAAUGGACCUCUUCAUUUUCUCAGUCAAACAAAGCUUUAAACGUUUGGUUGGUAAUAUAAUCUGAUAUAAAGGAAUGUCACGUCUCUAAACUUUUGUCGCGCACAUAAACUUUGAUGCGCAAGUUACACAUGUGCGGUAAGUGGUAAAAAAUCUCUCGGCUAUUGUAACAAGAUUUGCCAUACGUUUUGAUAGCGCUUAAGAGCUGGAACAUAGAGCUCAACUAGAUAUACGUCAGCUUUCCUUUACAUCUCUCAGUUGUUUUGUUUUACAGCUAGUGGCCCGAUUUGUGCAGUGAAUGACUCGAUGCUGUGUAUUUUUCCAUUCCAAGGUACGUAAAUCAACUGAUUUUUACAUAUUCGAUGUGAGAGUUGAAAAGAAAAUUGAUCUACGGAUAGAGAAAGGCAAAAAUGAGAAACGUGUUGGGACUGGGAGGCACAUAUAGGAUCAUUAGGGAGAGAAUCGUUCGUGUUCACUGGAUAAUGCAUUUAUAUCUUUACUUCAAAUCAAUUUAUCUUGUCACGGGCAGUAUCGUGAUUUUGAAGCUGAUGGAUUGUACUUCCCCUUAUAGGUUCCAUUUGUUGUAUAUAGGGCAGUUGGGUUCAGCUCAACCUCGUGUCGCUCUUUUUUUGUUACGGUACUUUGGCUAUCUUCCAACGUAUUAAAGGGACAACGAAAGGAUAGCGACAAGGGUAUACUACAAGCUACAAUAGCCGGUCUUUAUUUAAGUUGUCUGCAGAGCAUUUUUCUUCACCGUCUUUUAAUUGUGCUAUUGGCAGUGCUCUGGGCGUUUUUGUCCGUCUUUACAGCAGUUAGAGGCAUGAAGAUCGCGGUCUUCUAUGCCUGUUCGCUUACGGUUUCCUGAAGGUAAUAAUGUUAACUUUCUCAGAGGCCUUGAAACAGAUGGUAAGACACCGUUGUCUUUUCAGGCAAGCGUAAUAUAUACCAACUGACUGAGUAUGCGAUUCCCCUACUAAGGAAUAAGCAGGAUGAUGAUUACUGCUGCAACAACGGUUCACCAGUCGAAUAAAAUUAAAACUAAAUCUCUCAUAAAGGUCUAAACUUAGCUCACAUGAUCGAAUCGUGGGUGCAAAAUCAAUCACUUGGGGAAUUAUGCUCCGCAAUGAUAGGAAGAGCCGAAAUCGGAGGUUCAAAAAGCAGCCACUGUAUGUUACGAAAAAUUCCAACCUGACGGUGUUUUUGGGCCAUCCAUCUUUCGUAACGUGCCAGAUGAGCCCAGUACUUGAAACUCGCUUCCUUCUUUCUUCUUUCUUCUCAAAGAUAAAUGUAGCCUGUGUACAGACGUCCCCCCUCCCUCAGGAAAAAUCGGGAGAUGAGGCGUCUGUGAAUCGCCGUCGUUAAUCGUGUUCCGGUAUACAUUUGCAUAAAUUAUUUUUUUGUUCUUUCGCUGACAAUUGAAAAGGCACAUGAAGGUCGAAAAUAGCUCUGGCGUCUGUGCACAGCUAGCCGAACAUCUUCACACAAUGUCCACCCAAAAAAAACCAAUAUAAUAUCUCUGACUACACUCAAGCCAGGUCAAGCGUACCUCCCUAAGAUACAUUUAUCAUUCGAAAGUUGAACUGUUGGUAGUUGUAGAUUUCAGAUUCAUCUAUGUGUGCAUUCUUGGAUGCGUAAUGAGCCGUGAAUUCGCACGCGAUUCAGUCACGAAAUUUCUACCAGCUCAGUUUCCCUGAAUUUGAUGUAAAUGUCUUCUAAGACAUUUAAUCCAUUCAAAGAUUUUCAAUCUGAACAAAUGCAGAGAAGUUCUCUUAAAAUAUUCACUGCUCAUUCAGCAUACGGGAAUGCCGAUUUAAAUUUGACGCCAGUUACGGGAACGACGAACGGAUUCAUUUUUUCAAAUAAUCAGUUCAGUAAUAGAAUCUUUUCUUGGUAAGCUUGACCUGCCUUUGCUGUUAAGGUUGGAUUUUGUAUGCCUUCUCUUUUAUUUACAAUACCGACCGGUACAGACAGACGCACCCGCAACCGGUGCAGCAAACAUCGGGGGUCUUAACUUCUCAUGCCUUUUCCAGAGAACCGAAAUACAAAUACCGGUAAACAAAUAUGAAUGUCCACAAAGGCUGAGCUUUUCCCCGGGGAAUCUAUUCUGAGGUUCAUUCACCAAUCACAACACCGGAAAAUAUUUGCGUCAUGGCAUUAACAUUACAACCAAUCAGAGGCUGUCCCCAACAUUUCAGGGAAACGGGAACACGAUUAUCAUCGGCGAUUCUCAGACGUCUCCUCUCCCGAUUUUUCCUGAGGGAGGGGGAUGUCUGUACACGGGCUAAGAUAAAUGAAAACGAUUAAUAGACACUGUUAGGUUUGAGAAAUAAAAUGAAAAGGAGCGAUGGUUACUAGAGCGUGAAAGUCACGGCUUCUAAGGCUAUACAAUACAACCCUGUUUAUGAAUAAAAUGACCAGAAUAUUUCCAUCUUAUAUAUUUUUUGUGGAAUGACGUUUUGAUGAUUUUGCUAUGUAUUCUGUAGAGGAGUUUGGCAAGUCUAAAGAUAAAAAGGUGUGCGAGAAGAACUGUCCUGAAGCAUGUAAACAAGUUGAGUACGAGGUGUCUUUGUCAUAUGGUGGACUACAGAGAGAAGCUCUGAUUGAGCAUCUGAUGGAAUUCCUUAAUGAAUCCGACAGCUCAUCAGUUGGUCGAGAUAUUUACGCGCCUUUGUUGAACAUGACCAACCAUGAGAGGGAAGAAUUUAUAAAGUAAGUGCUCCUUAUUGAAAUACAGUCUAAUUGUUUUGACGACUUCAGACAAUUCAUGCGUUUCACUACCCGACACAAUUAGUCAGCCUUUGUACUAUCCAUGUAUUUCGAGACCAUCUGCCUUAUUCUCCGAUGUGUCUGUCUCCUUAUUGGUUUAUUUUAGUCAUUUCUUUAUUUCAUUGCUUCCAGCCUUAAAUACCAAAGGCAUGGUUAAAGAAUAACAAAAUUUUUAAUUAAUCCGCAGCGAUAACAUUAUUUCAUUGGAUUUAUACUUUGAAGAUCUUGCUUACGAUGUCAUUGAACAGACGCCAAUUUACCAACCAUGGACGCUAGUUGGUUAGUAAAGCUGUUAUUAAAAUUACGCGAAUAUAUGGUAUGCCAUUGAGAAAUUUUACACCGUAUAAAUAUGGGUAAUAAAGGUUGAGGAAUACUGCAGUUACUACAAAAUAAUUCAUAUACUAGAGCUUUUCACGAACUUUGUGAGAAUUUUUGUAUCACCAUGACAUUGCCCAUUUUAGAUAUAAUAUACUAAGCUAAAAUGUUGCUCAUAUUAAAAAGUUAAAAACAGUUAAAAAGACCACAACGUUCCGUCGUUCACCUAACUCCUUAUUAUCAAGUCAGAAAAGAAGUGCAUGUUGCAAAAUAUAAAUACUGAAGGAGCAAUGCUUAAUUAAAAAUUAUGAAUCGUCAAGAAUGCUAGUUCAAAACAGAAUUUUGAAAGAUAAGAGGACAGGCACAAAAAAAUGGUGUCAAUUUAUUUUUUACAACAACAAAAGCUCGAAAAAGUCAAAUUUCCAGUAAAAAUGAAGAAAACACAACAAAAUUUAUGAUUCUUUAAACUAGCGCAAUGAUUGUCAGUAACGUGUCUCGCCUUGGCGAUUGGCUACUGAAAACAAGUAAGUGAUUGAGUUUCAUUGGCUAAAACUUUGACAGGUUCAGUCACGUCACUGCCCUGAAUAAACUAGGAAUUUACUGUUUUACAAAGUUCAGAACAAGAAUGAGAUUAGUGAUGUUUAUUUUCUGGAAAAAUGGAGGCAUUUUGGGGUAGUAUAAAGUCGUAAACUUACCCAAGGUUAAAAAUUACUCCAAGGGAAGAUUCUGGAGCCGUUAAAAUAACCGAACAAGUCGAAGCAUUGUACGGUUGAGCUGUGUAUAGAGCAACUAGGUAAGCAGUUUUGAAUAGUUGCUAACCCAAUAGCGCGAUUAGAAAUCGUGAAGCUGUUGCUUACCUUAGUUCAAGUCUUUUUUUUCGUCGUGAACUUCGUACAAUCAACCCGAAAGUUGGUUUUCAUGCGCAAGUCAACUUACCAGGUACGUACUUACAAAGUUUCGCAAAGUAUGAACAGAAAGUUUGUAUUUUUUUUGCUUUCGAAAAGAAGAAUCAGAAAAACACUCAAUAGUUGUCAAAGGAAAACUACUGCAAUCAAUGUCUUUAUUUUGAAUAUUUUCUCAGUAUUUUUACUUUACAACUAUGUAUGAAUAUCAAAAGCCUAUCUGAAUCGCAGUUUUGAAGCUGUACAAUUUCCAGCAAGUCGUCUCCAGUUUUUGGAAACUAGGCGUUUUUGUCCAGUUUCCUCUGCUUGUCGGAUGAGCCUUUUGUAUGGAAUCCAAACCGGAUGCAAGUCGUGCAUCAGAGCUAUUUGACGAUUUUCCUGUUAGACAGAAAGUGAAGCUUCUACGAAACUAAACUAAACAAAAACAUCGAAGUUUGGCAUUCGUUCGGCAAAUGACUGCUUUUUGCAUAAAUUAAAAUUUUAUGUGUCUGCCCUCUUAUUGAUCAUAAAAUCAGCCAAUCAACGCGCAAAAAAAAUUCCGUUAUUGUAAAAUCUUUAUUCAGCAGUUGAGAAGAAUGCGUCGUCCAUUUUGUUUCAAAAUUGUAUGAAAUUGGCCAACAUUGUUGUACCCACGCAGACAGUCUUCUUCUGUUUAAUGUUGUUGGUAUACACACUUUAAAUUCCAGGCCCAGAGUAGGUUCUAUUGUGGCUUCUUAGAGCAUGUAACCUAAAGGUCAGUAAAAAAAAGGAAGAUGAAUUUGGAAGAUUUUCGUAGCUCACCAAUAUUCUAUUGGUCACUAGGCGUCGAUUAAGAGGGCCUAGUUGAAGCAAUGUAAAUUGUGCUUUUCUUUCUAUUUUUCUUGCACCGUAUUAAAAAAUUUAAAAAUAAACAAACAAACAAAAAAAGCAAUAGACUGACCUCUCUAUUUGUUACGUUUCCUACGUUAUAACUGCCACCAAGACAUGGGAUGUAGAAACAACUUUUGAACAUAUUGGUGGUUUCCAGCAUCUGUAGUGGGCUUGUAAUUCGGGUAAACUAACAGAAACGUUGUUCAACUGGUGAUAUAACUUAUUUCCAGUUUCGUAUCAUGUGAUCUUUUCAUUUUGUAAGACCACGGUUACCAAAACAACAAAUCAGUGAUAAUAAAGAAAUUAUUCGGUUAGACUCUAUUUAGGCAUUGGUUGUAUAUAUUCCAAUCAACAACCACGACCUUUUCCUAGAUAUACUGCCAAUAAGUGCUAAUCAUACUAUUAUUAUAUUUAUUCUACAAGGAAAUUUGGGUGGUACGUUUGGUCUUUUCUUGGGAAUGAGCUGCCUGACAGUACUUGAAUUUGUGGACUUUGUCUUCAGGCGAAUUUAUCACUGGUUCAAAAAACGAAAG